AUGCCUGAGGGAAACGAUAGCACCAUAACUGAAUUCAUUCUCCUGGGACUAACAGACAGGCCAGAACUCCAAGGUGUUUUGUUUGUGGUGUUCCUGAUCCUGUACUUGAUCACAGUCAUAGGGAAUUUGGGCAUGAUCACACUGAUUAGGGUUGAUGCCCGACUGCACACUCCUAUGUACUUCUUCCUCAGCCACCUGGCCUUCCUGGACUUCUCUUACUCCUCAGCCAUCACCCCAAAGACACUAAUAAACCUUUUGGUUGAGAACAAGGCCAUCUCACUGACUGGCUGUGCCGCUCAGAUGUAUAGCUUCAUUGCAUUUGGGACUACCGAGUGCUUCCUUCUGGCAGUGAUGGCCUACGAUCGGUAUGUGGCAAUCUGUAAACCCUUGCUCUAUACAGUCAUCAUGUCCCGACAGCUCUGCCUGCAGCUCCUUGUCACUUCUUACCUUUGUGGCUUUGGGAUUGCAAUGAUACACACGAGCUGCGCAUUCCGACUGUCCUUCUGUCACUCCAACAUCAUCAAGCACUUCUUCUGUGACGUGAUUCCCCUCCUCAACAUCUCCUGCACUGACACCAGAGUGAAUGAGAUCAUUCUGUUCGCCUUCUGCAUCUUCAACGGGCUCUUCAUCACAUUGGAGAUAUGCAUUUCCUAUAUCUACAUUGUCUCCGCCAUCUUGAAAAUCCGCUCCUCCGAAGGGCGGCGCAAAGCCUUCUCCACCUGUGCUUCUCACUUGGCCGUUGUCAUAAUGUUCUUCGGGACAGCAGUUUUUAUGUACAUGCGCCCCAGCUCGGACUCCUCGCCAGACGAAGACAGGAUUGUGUCAGUGUUUUACACUGUGGUGAAUCCCAUGCUGAACCCCUUGAUCUACAGCCUGAGGAACAAGGAGGUGAAGGAUGCCUUGAAAAGGGACAUGAAGAAGAAGAAG